AUGCCUGGAGAGACUACAACCUCGCUGAAUGCAUCUGUUACUACACCUCAGUCCAGUAACUUUCAUUCUGACAUUGAACGUUACAUAUUGAUUACUAUAUAUACAGUAGCAUUUAUUGGAGGUACAAUUGGAGCCAUCGCAAUGUCAUUUUUGCUGGUUAAAAUGAACACUCUGUCAGUGACCACGGCGGCGAUUGUCAACCUCGUGGUGUUGCACAGCCUGCUUCUCCUGACUGUGCCGUUUCGGCUUUAUUAUUAUAUCAAUCAGCAGUGGAUUUUUGGGCAGGGCUUUUGUAAAGCAGUGAGUGCUAUGAUGCACAUCCAUAUGUACCUCACUUUUCUAUUCUACAUAAUCACGCUCAUUAUCCGGUGGCUCAUUUUCUUUCAAUGGAAGGACAAGUUGGAGUUCUACAGGAAGCUACACGCUGUGGCUGCUAGUGCUACAGUGUGGAUAGCGGCCAUUGUGAUUGUGCUGCCCUUGUUCAUUGCUCGGUAUGGGAAGUCUGGGGAGUAUGAAAAUAAAAAAUGUUUUACAUUCCACCAAGAACUCAAGAAGGAGAGUGUGAAAGCACUGAACUAUCUCUUAAUUGCCAUUGUAGCCACAAUCACAUGUGUCCUCUUGGGCUUGCAAGUCUUCAUCAUUCUAAAGGUGGUGAAAAAGCUUCCAGGCUCUGUCUGGUCACAUCAAGAAUUCUGGGCCCAGAUUAAAAGCUUGAUGUUCAUAUCUGUGAUAAUCAUUUGUUUCCUCCCAUAUCACCUCUUUAGGCUCUAUUACAUACUGCACAUGAAAGAAAAACAAUUAUUAAUGUACAAUAAUAUCUGUUUGAGUAUAACUGCCAUCAGCUGUCUUGAUUUGCUGUCAUUUGUUAUAAGCGGAAGCCGUUUCUUUAAGCAAAAGAUUAUUAUGCUUCGAGACAAGCUUGCAUGCUGUUAG